AUGAAGAAGCAGCCGGACACGUCGUCUCAGGCUGAUUCUGCACUCGCUCAGUCCAUAUUUGCGUGCAGAUGCUUCACACUAGCCACUAUCUUGCUGUUUCUCAUUAUCGGUGUGUUUGUGGGCGUCUUCAUUGCCUACUUGGUGCAGGAGGAGCACUAUUUCAUGGAGACGGUGGAGUUAAAAGGGUUAAAAUAUAAUGCUGACCUUCAGGAUGAAGACUCAGCCUUUUCUUUAAUACUCACAGCCACCUUAAAAACAAAGAUCCAAAAUGUCUUUGUUGCUUCAUCGAUUGCGCACCAUUUUGGAGCCUGCCAGGUAGUAGCAUACGGGAACAUUAAUGGAACUGUGAUGGCUACCUUUCAUUUGGUCUUCAGAGUGUCCAAGCUCCAGAAAUACUCGGACAGCUUCAUCCAGGAGCAGCUCCGCUAUGGGCUGACAGCCCUAAUCAGUCAGAAACCUCUGACUGUUCCAGAGUUUGGAGAGAUCACUGGCAUCAUUCUUCUAGGAGCCAGCGGAAAGUCCUUCUACUCAAUUGAAGCAGACAAAAGUAAAUGUCCUGCCAACAUGUACACCUGUGUCAGUGGAGAGUGUGUCACUAAACACAACCCAGAGUGUGACUUCAUCCCCGACUGCGCCGACGGUUCAGACGAGGCGUACUGCGCCUGUGGGCAGCGGCCAGCGAUGGAGAGUCGGGUGGUCGGGGGUGAAAAUGCUCGUCACGGCGAGUUCCCCUGGCAGGUGAGUCUGAAACUGCGUGGCCGGCACACCUGCGGCGCCUCCAUCGUCAGCCGCCGCUGGAUCGUGAGCGCCGCCCACUGCUUCGAGAGUAAUAAAAACCCCAAGGACUGGAAGGCCCUGGUUGGUGCCAGCCUGGUGAGCGGAGCAGAGAAUGGAGCCACAUUAGUGAACAUCAAAUCCCUGACUGUGUCUCCGGAUUAUAACCCCAUGACAACAGACAGUGACGUGACAGUGCUGGAACUGGAGAAGCCCCUCAGGUUCAGCUCCUACAUCCAGCCCGUCUGCAUCCCAUCAUACUCGCACACCUUCAGUCCAGGACAGAACUGCAUUGUCUCCGGCUGGGGGGCGCUCAGUCAGGACAGCCGAGAGGUGCCCCCCGCACUCCAGAAGGCCGUGGUGAAGGUCAUCGACUCCAACGUCUGCAAUUCGUCAGCUGUUUACAGAGGAGCCGUCAGCGAUAAUAUGAUGUGCGCCGGCUUCUUGCAGGGCAGAGUCGACUCCUGCCAGGGAGACUCAGGUGGUCCUUUAGUGUGCGAAGGGGCACCUGGACGCUUCUUCUUGGCUGGUAUAGUGAGCUGGGGGGUGGGCUGUGCCCAAGUCAACAAACCCGGCGUGUACUCACGUGUCACCAAACUCCGCAACUGGAUCCUGAGUCACACAGAUCCCAACGGAGUUCACGGUGCCUCCAUAGUGCGUAGCACUCUGAAGCCUUCGGUCCAUCUUACCAAGGCCAUCACAUCAUCUCCUGUCCAGCCUGCUGUAAACUGCAGUGGAAACUUCAGCUGUGGAGCAGGAGAGUGCAUCAGCAAGAUAAACCCCGAGUGUGACCAAAUCGCUGACUGCUCUAAUGAGGCUGAUGAGAAGAACUGCGACUGCGGGCAGCGUCCGGCCGUGGGCCGCCAGAGGAUUGUGGGAGGUGAGACUGCCCGCAGGGGGGAAUGGCCGUGGGUGGGCAGCCUGCAGUUCCAGCGCUCACAUCGCUGCGGAGCCACGCUAAUACACUGCAAAUGGCUCCUCACAGCUGCGCACUGCUUUAACAGGGACCCAAACCCCGGUGGGUGGAAGGUGAGUUUGGGCUCCGUCCUCAGGUCCGGAUUAAGUGCUUUGGUCGUUCCGGUGCAGAGGGUCAUCCAGCACCCUAACUUCAACAGCAGCACUAUGGACUUUGACGUGGCUCUGGUGGAGCUUUCCAUCCCAGCGCCGAGUUCAUACACCAUCCAGACUGUGUGUUUACCCUCCCCAACCCACAGAUUCUUACAGGACUCAGAGUGCUACAUCAUGGGAUGGGGUGCAGUAAGAGAGGACGGUAAGCCAACCACCCUGCUGCAGAAAGCUCAGGUCAGUAUAAUUGACCAGUCAGAUUGCCUGGAGUCUUACAGCAGGAGACUGACCGCCAACAUGAUGUGUGCUGGCUCGAUGGAGGGUGGAAAAGACACUUGUCUGGGAGACUCCGGGGGUCCUCUGGUGUGCCGGCAGCCCCAAGGCCGCUGGUUUUUAGCCGGAGUGACCAGCUGGGGUCACGGCUGUGGCCGGAGCAGCUUCCCCGGGGUUUACAUGCGCGUCACUGCCAUCAGGGAAUGGAUAUCAAGAUACCUCCCUUUUUAA